GAGACUGACCAUUUCUAGCAAAACGUUACAACAGCGCCAAAACCUAAAAUUCUAAUAUAGGAUACUUUACUUUCAAGCUGAUAUAAAAGUGCCAUCCUCAUAUUCGUGAUAAAAUGGCACAACAGGUGAACAUAAUAUUAUUUUUGGUCUUUGUGUUUUCUUUUUCAUUCAGCUGUAAUUAAUAUUUUAGGGACUACUUAAAAAUCUGCUUCUGACAUGCCGACCGUCGUACUCGUGUCGUUCUGAGAGUGCGUGUAAGUCCAUACUCAACCAUAGUCAUAGUGACCAUAGUCAUAGUGAUGAUAGUGUCAUGUCAUAGUAUAGUACUCACACUACUCAUAGUCAUGCUGUUGAAUAUUAAUAAAGUAUAAUUUAGUCUUAUUAACUUAUUUUUAUAAGAAACGAACUAACUACAAAAAUGUCACUGAUUUAGUUUAGGAUUUAUUUACGUUAGUUAGUGAUAGUGUCAUUAACUUAAGCAUGAUUACUCAUUGAAGUGAUUGUGACUAGUCACGGCUGGCAUGCCACAUGAAUAUGAAUACAGCACCAUGACAUGUAAUCAUGUAAAUUUAUGGCUUAUGUCGUGCAGUUAACCGCAUAGGUUUUGCCAAGAGUCCUCUCACUUUGGGAAAUCCCAUCACUGGACCAACAACAGUUGGACCUAAAAGAUGAGAAUGAUAAUUUUCCCAUUCUUCACUGAGCAUUAUUUAGCCAUUAUUUUAACCAAAAACAUAAUCUGACUAUUGAAACGGUUAAAAUGCAAUAAAUUUAAAUUAAAUUUUGCCUUUGAUUUUCAUUAACAUUCAACUUUUAAGGUUCAAUUCAAAAGAAAUGAAAAGGGAUACACAUCGAGGAUCCAAAAUGAACACUGGAAAAAAGAUGUGUGCAUGGGGCAUGGUUAUAAGUGCUUUUUUUUGUUGUUGUUGAAAACAGAAUUCCUGUCUGCUAAUCAUUUCUAUAAUAUUACAAUUUAACGGGACAUUUCAACAGUAUUUCUGGUGGAGGGGAACCCUUCCUCCCUCUUUGACGACAAACAUUCAAAUUCAGAUGAUCAAUUAAAUUUUGAAAUCUUUUAUAAAACGGAACUAUGGUCGGUAGUUGACCUGGGGAAACCUCCAUAACCUAUAUACAAUGGAAGAUAUCAACGGCCCUGCCGCUAACUGCAUUUUAGCCACAUAUCUUAUCCAAAAGUAGGAAUGUCCUCCUUUUUCAAUUAAAAUAAAAUGUUGUCCAGGCUCAGUCUCCAUGAAAAUUGAAACAUGGUUAAGUUCACUGCAAUUAGUUUGCUGAAAGAACACAUCAAUAACUUCAAUAAGUAAAAUAUGAAGAUAUUUAUACUUGUCUUGUAUUGAAAUCUUACCAAAGAAAAAGAGAUAUUUUAAUGUUCCCUUCAUUGAUGACAUGAAACUGUGAAACCAAAUUUGCAACCUGAUGUCAUUCAUCAAAUCUGAAGUAUAAGGUAUUAAGUUCUUUGAAGAUUAAAGGCUGCAUGAACAAUAAACAGUAUUUUUCAAAUCUUUCAUAACAAUUGAUUGUUAAAACUCAGAAUUGGUACUUUUGAGUACUUUGACCAAACUUCAAAUAAUGACUGAUUUUAACAUACAAUAUACAUCAUUUAAAAGUGCUAUUUGUAAUUGUAAGCUUUUGAUACCACCAAGAUCAUUUGUUCAUCGUUCAGGGACGUGAAGUUAUUAAUUUUUUUUUUAAAACAUAAACUUUUGUAUUUAAUACCAGUAAUGAAAACCUGUGACUGCUGCACUAUUUUGUCUUCAACUUUUUUUUUCAAGAUUAUUGUACUUAAUUUUCAUGAGACACUCACAAUCUAAUAUACAACCCAGUGAACACCACUAAUUUUAUAUAACCUCAUAGUAUAGAAAAUAACAUGCUCUCGUGCACAAGUUUCUGACACUGACCAACAUUCGGGCUUACUUAUUACUUAUACCAUUUAAAGACUAUAAGUUAUAAGUCUUAAACUUGCGUGCAUUGUAAAAAUAAAAAUAACUUGUUGCAGAUGCCCCAAGCCGGGGGAGAUAAAAGAAAUGAAGCUGAUAAAGACAGGGAGAAGAAAAAGAAAGAAAGCAUUUUAGACCUAAAGAAAUAUCUAGACAAACCAAUACGAGUCAAGUUCAGUGGUGGAAGAGAAGGUAAUUCUUAUUUUAAUUUGUUUUUUGUGAGAUUUCCAUCUUUUUUUAAUUUAUUCAUGUGAUUUCUGAGAUUGUGAAUUAAUUUCAUAAAUCUUUAAUUUUUUAAAAUUUUUAUUUCACUAUUUUUUUAAUUGUGUUUAUUGUCUUUUGUAAUUGAUUCAUGUUAAUUUAAAACAAGCAACUAAUCCAAAAUCAGUAAGCAUGUCCAAAGACAUUUAAGGUUAAACCAUGGGCCAAUUUAUUUUGAUAAUAUUAUUAUUAUUUUUUUUCUAAAUUCAACAGCAAGUGGAAUCUUGAAAGGAUUUGACCAACUUUUAAACCUUGUCUUAGAUGGCACCACAGAAUACCUUAGAGGUGGGUGUAUUUUAAUUCUUAUCUUUUAUUCUUACAAGUUCAAGCAGGUCCCACUUUGAGACUUACAAAUAAAAUGAACUUAAAUGAUUUAUUAAAAUUUCUUCCAGUAACAUCAUUUAUUUUUUUGUUACUAAAACUAAAAAAUAGAGCAAAUUUUGUCGUUUUUUUCCUUGUUUGUCUUUAUGUCUGUUUGAACAAAAGAAUAACCUUAACUAUUUUUAAUUUUAAGCCCAUGCUUUAUUUUUUAAUAAAUGGGAAGUAACUCAGAUUUUUCUUUGAACAACAUAGAUAGCUUUUUUUUUUUUAAGAUCUUAAUUAAAUAUAACAAACCUUAAUACAAAUGUUUCCAGAGAUAGAUUAUUAAGAAAAAGUCUAAUGUAAUAUGGGGGGGGGAGGGGCACCAGAGAUUGAGAAAAUCUAGAUUUUUGCACCUUGAGGAUUUGAGCAGUCUUGGAGGGCAUUUGAUUUAGUAGCUAAUGUCAAAUAAUAAUGAGAGAAAUGUUUAAGAGCCCAUUUCUUUGUAAGGGGUAGGAAAAAUUAAAGGUGUUUUGACAGGCUAAAACGUGUUCUAUUUCUUCCAAGUUAAGUUUUUACUUCAUUUUUUUUUUUUUCUGUCAAUAAUUUCAGAUCCUGAUGACCCAUUUAAACUAACUGAAGACACAAGAGCGUUAGGCCUAGUUGUUUGUCGUGGAACAUCUGUCGUCUUAAUUUGUCCAGCUGAUGGAAUGGAAGCCAUAGCAAAUCCCUUUGUCCAACAGGAGUAGAGCUUGCGACCUGGUGGCAGUGAGAAAUGAAUGGAGGGUGUCUGGGUCAUGUCAGGUUUGGUGCAGACGUUACAACUCCAGAAAGGCUGGAAUGUUUUGGAGAUUAUUUAACUUUUCCUGGAGCACGGAGAGACAUGAGUGUGCUGAAGAAUGUUUAGGUUCAGUGCUGAACCAAGGAGCAUCAUUAAACUAAGUUAAGAAUCGAUAUAAUGAUUAUCAAAAAUGUGCAUUUCGUUGCCCAUCAUGUAAAUUCAGAGCAAGUAAUUAAUGAAUCUUAUAAUACAUGUAUUUAGAAAUGUUUUCAUUAUGUUUGAUAUUCUCACUGCUAACGUUGAAAGGAGAUUUUAAUGUUUUGUAUAAUAUUGUUUUAAAGUUAGAAGUGGAUGAAAAUAAUUUUUUAUCACAUAUCAAGCCACAUUAUAAAAUUUUUUUUAUAAUGUAGCUUUUUAUGAUGUGAUAAAAAUGAUCUUUUUGCUGUAAAGUGAAGUAAAUUUCCAUUCUGGUCCUGGUACAUCAAAUGUCUCCUCAAAUUUGGUUGCUUUAUGUCUAAGAUAUAACAUAUAGUGUUCUUCUUUUUUUUUUAAUAUUUCACCAACAUUGUCAUCGAUUACGUUUGGGUGCUUCAGUGUUUCAAAUAACUUGAUUAUUUAAUAACAUAUGCUACUUUUCUUAAGUAUUAGUUUGAAAAUGGCAGGGGGAUUCCAUGACAUGCACAUCAAUGGAUUCACUUAUUUCGGAAAAAAUACAUAGGUUUUCAUAUCAUAUGCAUCUGAUUUUUUUUUAUGAAGCAUAAAAUGGCAUAAAUAAUCAGUACUCAGACCGAAUGGGCCUUCUCUAGUGUUGCAUUCUAUAAAAUUCUAAUCAUUCAACUUUUUCAAAGAAGAGCCAUUUUUAAUUUCAUCUUUACCUAUUAUGCCAUGAACCAGUUAGAACCGGGCUGCCACGUUUCAGGGAUAUAAAUUGAUGGGGUAAUAAUUAAGCUCAUUGUUGUUGUAAUAUUGUGAGAGAGAUUUCCAUCAUUUGCCUAUUGCUUGGUACCAGCUUACCAUCUCAUAAGAGUCUGUGAAUGAUUGAUUGAAUGACUAUGAGAGACGCCAAGUUAACAUAAAUUUUUUUUACAUAUGCUCUCUUCUAGCUAAGUUGUUAUUGAUUAUGUAAACACAAUGUUUUAUGAUUUUUAUUGUACAGUUGUUUAUUAAAAUAAUUUUUUUUUUCUCUUUUUUUAAAUUGUUUUGUUGGAUGUUUGGUACAACUUUGAUGCGUGGCACCUUUAGACGUAUGUGUAAUUGUAUUUGAGUAUUUGCCCCUCUCUUUCUCCAGGCUUGGUUCACUCCUCAUUGAUGUUGUCAGUCUUACUUGAUGAUCCUGUCAAGGUGUCAGUACUAAUGGAAUCUUACUGUUACCGUCCAGUUGUCGG